UUAAAUUUUUUAAAAAAUGUCAAGUUGGCCAAGACCAUCGCAUUCAAAUUCAAAAAUUUUGUUAACAUCAAAAUUUAGUGGUAAACAAAAAUCUCACCAUCAACAUAAGCAUCAUCAACAACAAUCACAACCACAAACGCAACAACCACGUCGUCGAAAUCGUAAUCGUAAUCGAAAUCGACGUAAUCGUCGUCGUCGACCAAGUAAUAUUUUCAAUAAUCAACCUCGUCGGCCGCAUUCAUUUCCAUUAAUAGUAAUGAUAACUGAAACUGAUUCGGAUGAUGAAAAUAGUGAUGAUGAACAAUUGAAUCGAAUUCUUGGUCGAUUUGGUUUUGGUCGUAAUCGUUUUAAUCAACAACAAACCGAACAACAACAUAGACAACAGGAUGAACGACGUUUAUUGUUCAUUGACAAUGAAUUGAAAUUAUUCAGUCAAUCAAUAAUCGAUGAAAUUGAACAACAAUUAAUGAAAGAAUUUGAAUCCAAUGAAUUAUAUUAUAAUCGAUUGAUUGAAAUAAUGGAAAAUAUUAUCGAAUUAGUUGUUAACUAAAAAUUGAUGAAUGAUUUUUAUUUGAUCUAUUUCUUGCAAAUAAACAAACAAAAUA